ACCUAUAAUAAAGUGUAAUUAAAAUAUUACAAGCUGUAGAUAAGGUGUACCUAACGAGAAUGUUUAAUUCAAGCACCGGCUGUGAUUCGUCGGAGUUCAGCUACGUCCGUACACGUAGCGGCCAAUGACGGCCGGGGCUACGCGCAGCCGUAGCGCUACAGCAUAGAGGCGCGCGGGGAGCUACACGAUCGACAGACGCUACAGCGGAGCUGCUACGCCAGGGAACUGAAAAAUGUGUUAGUGAAGAGUGUCAUUUGAUGUGGGACGUGGGACCGGCAUCAUGCAGGGGCUCCAUGCCGCGAAGGAGAAGGCCUCGGGGCUCUUUGCCAACAAGCCCCUUCUGUUCAAAAAUACUCAAUAUGAGAACUUUCAAGUUGAUCAGAAGGGUUACGACCAGAUGUACGAUGGUGAAGAUUUGGAAACACCACCAUCUCCUGACCGACCUCCACCGCGACCUAUAGACAAGUACGUGCGAGCGGAAUGUCCGUGUCUCAGCGCUCGUUAUACCGUGGCGUUGCUCGCCUGCUUCGGCUUCAGCAUCAUGUUCGGCAUGCGAUGCAACAUGAGCAUGGCGAAGCUCAAGAUGACUGAAAAACAAUCCCAAAACUCGUCAGACAAAGCUCCUUUCGAAUGGACUGUUAGCGUGGAGUCCUCAAUAGACUCGUCGUACUUCGCCGGGUACCUCAUCACUCAAGUGCCGGGCGGUUUCCUCGCCUCCAUGUACCCAGCCAACAAGAUCUUCGGGGCGGCCAUUGUGACGUCAGCUAUUUUCAACAUGGCCAUACCUGGAGCGAUGUCUGUGGGACCUGCAGCUGUUGUCAUCUUGAAAAUAGCUCAAGGAUUUGUCGAGGGUGUGACGUAUCCCUCAUGCCAUGGUAUCUGGCGCAUGUGGGCACCCCCAUUGGAGCGUUCCCGAUUGGCAACCCUUGCGUUCUGUGGCACAUACGCCGGCAUUGUUAUCGGCAUGCCACUGUCCGGGUUGCUCACAGACUACAUCAGCUGGCAGGCGCCAUUCUACUUUUAUGGCGUGUCGGGUGUUAUUUGGUACGUACUAUGGCUGUGGCUGGUAUUUGAAAGGCCCAGCAAGCAUCCCACUAUCGCCUCCAAAGAGCUGACGUACAUCGAGCAGUCACUCGGCACUGCCACUCAGGCUGCCAUGCCCGGCUUCUGGUCAACACCCUGGAAGGCUUUCGCUACUUCCCCACCGGUGUACGCUAUUAUUGUAGCGAACUUCUGCAGAACGUGGAACUUCUGUUUACUAGUUAUAUUCCAGUCGUCCUAUUUCAACACGAGGUUCAACAUGCAGAUCACAGAGUCUGGGUUUGUUGGCGCCAUCCCGCAUUUAAUAAUGACGUCACUGGUGCCUAUUGGCGGCAUGAUGGCAGAUUACUUGCGUAAGAACAACAUCAUGUCCACAACUACUGUCAGGAAACUAUUCAACUGCGGAGGAUUUGGACUGGAGGCAUUCUUUUUCGUACUCGUCGCCUAUGCUAAUAACAAGUAUGUGGCGACAAUAGAACUGACCCUAGGCGUCGCAUGCAGUGGUUUUGCCAUAUCAGGCUACAACGUAAACCAUCUCGACAUCGCUCCAAGGUACGCCUCCAUUCUGAUGGGGCUCUCCAACGGCAUCGGCACAAUCGCUGGUUUUGUCGUACCCAUAGUAAUCGACUACAUGACGCAAGAAAAGAAUCAACUGGAAAAAGCCAUAACCGAGUGGCGUGCAGUAUUCCUGAUGGGUGCCACCGUUCACUUCGUCGGCAUUACCAUAUACGCAAUCUUCGCAUCAGGAGAGUUGCAACCAUGGGCGGAGACUGCUGUGGACGAGCCACAGGCCAUGAAAUCCUUAGACCAUGAAACAACAUUCACGGAGAAACCAUCAGCGCCUUUGAAGGGUUCUGAUCAAGCUGGGUAUGGAGCAAUAGCGCCUCCGCGACCCCCGGCGCCUGGAGCGCAUGUACCCAACAACCCCUUCGUGUCGGGUGCGCUAUACCAAGCUGAACCCAUCCAGCCACCAGCGCACGACUACUACGAUGGACCUACCGCACAAGAACAACACUAUGUUGAGUAGAGAUCCAAUUUUGUUGGACAACACAUCUUUUAUUUCACUCUUACUUUUAUAUGGCGACCUACAACACUUUAUAAAUUUGGCAAAAUUUUAUGAAAUCCUGAAAAAUUAUUAAUUACUGAACUUAAGAUUAUAGCCGAAUCUCUUGAAUAUGAAUCGCUUUAUAAAAGUAGAUGGAAUGUAGAUUUGUUGGUCCAAUAACAGAGUAAUCUCUCAUAUUAAUGGUAAUAGGUAAAUAAAUUAUAAUACUUAAUAAUUAUUGUGUCAUCAGUUCCCGGGAUAGCGACUCGUCGUGCGGCUCAUAUUUUUAUAGGAACAGUAUAAUAAAUGGUUCUCAUUGUUAGCUUGUAUGUUAAAUGCGUCGUUUAGCGUUUAGGCGUAAAUUGGUUUGUUUUAACAAAAUAAAGUCUUGGUGUUUCUGUUACAUAAUUAUAAAGUUGUUACAACUCUGAGCUUCUCACUACAUGUCUCGCUUCAGUUUACGUCUACCUGCAUCCACUCAUGUACCUGUUUGAUUUACAUUUGUACGUGUACAGGUGUAUAUACCUUAUAUUGGCAUAUCACAGUAGACAUAUUUAACUUUGUUACUGAAUGGUUUAGCUUAGUAAUCAACUUACACUUAGUUUCGCGCCAUGAUAUCGUACUUAAUAAAUUAUGGUUACUAUAACAUUUCUAGUCCUUGUUAUCUAAGUUUCAUAAAACUGUUGUAAAAUGUUUAUAAAUAUUUACGAAAUAAUUAAAUUGUUCAAAUUUAGAAUUGUACCUAUUUAAUUGGAUGCGUA